AGCGCCCUUGCUGGCCUACGAUUUCUCUCGCAUCAAUCUGGUUGAUGCAUCUCGGUAGGAAGUAGACGGGCAGAGUCUCGCACGAGGCUCUUGAUGGACCAAACGGCUUUCGUUUGAUUAUAACUGCAGGCGGCAUUCACGCCAACGUCAAGCUAUUAACGCUACGAAUGCUGAAUCAUUAGUGCGAUUUCCACAUCAGUGCAAUGGCUGGGCGAAGCGGACCUUGCUCGCGAAGACUGUCGCAGUCUUACUUCUCCGCGUUUCUGAUUUCGCUUCUAAUAUCGGACAUUUCCAUUAUCGCAUAUGCUGGCGCUUCGGAAAAUGAUGUGCGCGCGCUGCUGGACGUGCGCGAGGCGAUCAAGGAGGCGAACCCGAGCGCGCUGGAGUCGUGGUCGGAGUUCACGGACCCCUGCGGGGGCGGCUGGGAGGGCAAGUUCCUCUGCGACAACGACGGCCACGUCACCUUCAUGUCGCUCCUCCAGCUGAACCUGCAGGGCCCCAUCCCCGGCGUGCAGCUCGCCGCGCUCACCUCGCUCAACCACAUCGACCUGGGGUCGAACUCGUUCACGGGCACCAUUCCCGAGCAGCUGCUGCGACUCACCUCGCUGCUGCACCUGUCGCUGUCGUACAACAAGCUGAGCGGGCCGCUGCCAGGCGGGCUGAGCCAGCUGAAGGGGCUCCAGCAACUGCGGCUGGCAGGCAACCAGCUAUCGGGCGAGCUGCCGGCGUCACUCUCCUCCCUCUCCAACCUCACGCUCCUCAACCUGUGCAAAAACCAGUUCACGGGGCCCCUCCCAGCGGACUGGAGCAGAAUGACGCAGAUGGCCACGCUCCGGCUCUCCUCCAACCAGCUCUCAGGGGACGUUCCUUCCUGGCUCGGCUCCUGGCGCAGCCUUGUGGUGCUCGAGCUGUUCAGCAACAAGCUCACGGGCUACAUCCCUCAGGACCUCGCUCAGGCCACCACCCUCGUCUCGCUCGCGCUCGACGUGAAUGAGCUGCACGGGUCGCUGCCCGACGCUUUCAGCCGCCUCACCAACCUCAAAGAAUUGUACAUGGCGGGCAACAAGCUAGAGGGCAGCAUCCCUGCGUCCUACAGCGCACUCACGCAGCUCAGGUUCAUUGACGUGAGCUACAACGCUGGUCUGGGCGGCACCAUUCCUGCCUUCCUUGGUGACUUUGAGAAGCUGGAGUCAAUAGCGAUGCAGUUCUGCUCGUUCACGGGCCCAUUACCCCCCGAGCUGAGCAAUCUAGCCCACCUGCAGGAGCUGCUGCUGGACAACAACGCGCUGCAGGGCGCCAUCCCCGACAGCUGGGGCACGGGGCUGGAGCGCGUGGCCGUGCUGCACCUCAACGACAACCGCCUGAGCGGCGCCAUCCCGGGCACGUUCUGCCACCUGGAGUACGCCAAGGACGUCAACCUCGCGCUCAACAUGCUCUCGGGCCCCAUCCCCAUCUGCCUCACCUCGCUGCGCCGCAUCUCCUCCCUAGUGCUCUCCUUCAACCGACUCACCGGCCCCGUGCCGCCUGUGCCAGCUGGCGUGCAGGUCUUCUUCAAGGUGAACGGCAACUGCCUGGAUGGCGUGGAGGACCAGCAGUCACCAUGCCCCGCCCCAGAUGACACCUCCUCUGCUGAUGUCGCUCCCCCCACCACUGGCGAGCAACCAGAGCAGCAGGAGGACACGCAAGGGAGCUCCUCCACGUGGUCGUGGAUGCGGGGGUUCCUCAUCGCCCUUCUCUCAGCCACCUUUGUGCUGCUCCUCAUCUUCGCCUUCGUGCUCCUCGCCAACCGCGGCGACUCGCACAACCCAUCCGGCUCUGAGAACUUGGCGGUGCAGGAGUUCAGCCUGUCCAAGAUCAAGAAGGCGACGCGCAGCUUCACCACGGUGUACGGCAAGGGCAGCUUCGGCACCGUGUACCUGGCGGAGGACUUCCUCAGGGACCAGAUCGAGACGCGCGCCAUCAUCAAACGCGCACACGACCCCGAGAAGCUGGGCGAGUACCUGUUCAAGUCGAAGGCGGACUUCCUGGCGCGCGUGCGGCACCGCAGCCUGGUGGCGCUGCUGGGGUUCUGCGUGGGCAAGGGCGAGCGCAUCCUCGUCUACGAGUACCUGCCCAAUGGCUCCCUCUACGACCGCCUGCACCGGCCGGACCUGGAGCCGAUCCCGUGGGACACGCGUGUGCGCAUAGCGGCGAACGUGGCGUCGGCGCUCAACUACCUGCACCACUGCUGCCACCCGCCACUCGUGCACCGCGCCGUCACCUCCUCCAACAUCCUGCUCACCUUCGACAUGUCCGGCAAGCUGUCUGACUUUGGUCUGGCCCGCGGUGGCUCCCCCGCCGUGUUUGACGACGGCUCCAAGCGGCGCCGCCCUGCCAAGCCUGUGCGCACGCGCAGUGGGGGGGUGGCGGAGGGCGAGGGGAGUGAGGGGGGGGAGGGGGGCGAGGAGGGGCAGAGCGUGCUGCAGGGGCCGGACCUGGAGAAGGUGGACGUGUAUGGGUUCGGCGUGGUGCUAUUGGAGCUCAUCACGGGGCAGAAGGCCAUGAAGGAGGUCCACAUCACCAGCCUCGCAGCGCCCUUCCUGGAGGACGCGCAGAUGAUGCCGCUGAUGGUGGACGCGGCGCUGGGGGGCUUCUUCGACCAGGCGGAGCUCAUCCAGCUCGGCACCAUCGCGCGCGACUGCGUCAAGGAGGAGCCGUCGGCGCGCCCCUCCAUGCGCGACGUGGUGCGCACCAUGCAGGCCAAGCUGGACCUUGAGGCCGAGCUCUUUGCCGCGCCCGCUGGGGCCACCGGCAUGGAUGACCUGGAGCGGGGAGAGGGGGGGGUUGGGCCCACCAACUCAAGUGGCUAUGCACGCGUUGACGGCAAGAGUGCUCUGGCAUCCGCGUGGGUUUCACUGGAAAAUGUCGCCUCCUCCGUUCGCUCGGUCCUGACUAGCCCGCGGUUGACAUCGCCACAUCCUGCCGGUACCAACGAGAGCACAACUGAUCCCACUGACGUGGAGAUGUCCUCCCUGUUGCUUAUUGCGCCUCGGGCUGCUCGUCGGUAGUUUCAGCUAGGCACUCACACAAGCUCUGUUGUAGAGUAUUUAUUUGGAUGCAUCCGCGCAUUCGUAGUUUUGCGCAGCAUAACUCCUUGAAACCUCUCCGUACUGGUCGAAUCGUGUACAAUAGUUGUAUUUGGCUGAUUAUUUGUAGGUUUCUAC